AUGGACAAUUUCCGAGAAGGAAGUCCUUCAACUGAACUUCAUCGGCACAUAGGCGAAGAGCUGGAGCUAGAGAAUGCUACACUGUGGGUUAAGCUCCAGGAUCUGAAUUAUACCACGUUCCUGUUAAUUGGCAUAGCGCUGCUGUGGCCAUGGAAUAGUUUCCUUAGCGCAUCUUUGUACUUCCAGCAUGAUGUGUUUCAUGACAAGACUGUUUUCGCAAAGAUAUACAUCAGUACUAUGAUGUCCAUCUCAACAAUAUCAUCAGUGAUUUUCAACUACUGGUUGUCCAAGAGGCAACACAGCUAUUCGAGGAGAAUUGUGCGAGGGCUCAUCUGGGAAAUCAUGGUAUUCGGAUUGCUGUCCAUGUUCGUUUUUGUUCACAAAAGUCUGCCGGACUGGCUAAACUUUACAUUUUUAAUGAGCACGGUGCUUGUCAGCUCUUUGGGUACUGCAAUGACUCAGAACGGAGCAAUGGCACUAGCAAACGUAUUUGGACCACAGUUUAGUCAAGGUGUGAUGGUGGGUCAGGCUGUCGCUGGCGUACUACCGUCCCUUGUCUUGUUCCUCGUAUCAUACAUCGGCGACCCCCGUGACCAGAGCGUAGGUGGGAUCUUCGCAUAUUUCGGCAGUACAGUUCUCGUUUCGGUUGCGUGCAUCGUACUGUACCGUGUCAGCUCCAUCGGAAGUGCUGACAAACACGAUUUUUUGAAUCGAGAACUCGACCCCGAGGCCACCGUAUCCGUGCCAUUUUCCUUGCUUUUCGAUAAGCUAAGGUACCUAGUUCUUUCGAUUUUCACGACUUUCGUGGUAACGCUCUUGUUCCCGGUUUUCGCUGCAAACACAUUUGUCUCGGGGCUUCCGAUGCGAAAUGCACAAUACAUCCCGUUCAUAUUUACCGUUUGGAAUCUUGGUGACCUUUAUGGGCGAGCGAUUUCUGACUACUCAUUCUUCCAGUCUCCAAGUUUUACACCUUUCAAAACCUUCCUGUAUUCGAUAGCUAGAAUCGGGCUUGUUCCGCUUUUUUUUUGCUUCAAUCUUAACAGCAGCGCGAGACCUUCAUCUUCUUUCUCUGCCAUUGUCUCGGAUUUGUUGUACAUUUUGCUCCAGUUUGCGUUUGGUGUCACCAAUGGCAAUGUUCUCUCCGUGAGCUUUAUGAAGGUUAGCUCUCAGCUCAAUUCAGACAAGCAGCGGAAGGCCGCAGGCGGCUUCACAAACAUAUUCUUGUCUGCAGGGCUGGCGUUUGGCAGUCUACUAAGCUACCUGUUCACCUAUAUAGUGCUGAGCAAAUCAUAG